AUGGUGCGUCAGCUGCACGACGGUAUGAUGGCGCGAAUCACAGACAACGGAGCUGUCUCAGAGGCAUUCGCAGUGACCAAUGGAGUGAAGCAGGGCUGCGUACUGGCAACUACCCUCUUCAGUCUUAUGUUCUCUGCCAUGCUGAUGGACGCCUACCGCGACGAACGCCCCGGGAUCCGCAUCGCCUACAGGACGGACGGUUACCUCCUGAAUCAACGGCGGAUGCGCUUCCCAACGCGCGUAUCCACAAUCACUGUUCACGAACCCCUCUUCGCCGACGACUGCGCCCUGAACACCACCUCGGAAGAGGAGAUGCAACGGAGCAUGGACCUGUUCUCCGCCGCCUGCGAGAACUUCGGUCUGGUCAUUAACACGCAGAAUACGGUGGUGAUGCACCAACCGCCACCCCACUCAGUCACAGCCCCCAACGCGCCGCCGCAAAUCAGCGUGAACGGAACUUAA